GGCUGAUCGACGACCGAAGGAACCAAGAUUCCAGCUCUCAAUUCCCAACUCUCUUCAAUUCUCAUUCCCACCUCGUCAUUCCCCGCCAACCCAUUAACCCAGUCGACCCAGUCAACCCGCCAUAGCCCUGGACUCGGACACGCCGUUAGCAUAAAAUGAUCAAGGUGGUCAUCGCUUGACGUACCACCUUAACAACCUUAAGCACCAUUACCCCCGGCCUCGUGUUGUUCUUGCUAGUUUUCCGGCGUCCUUCUAAAAAUUUAAUACUCCUUGCCAUUAUCAACUAACAUCGUCAAGUCUCUUCAUCAAUUUUCUUAUCGUCAUCCACUCUCAUAACCAGUACUAGGAUCCAGGAACUAAGAACAUUUCUCCUUUUUACGCUUUCUUUCUAAUUUAACGUAACUACUAUUCUCUAUUCUAUAAUCGUAAAUAUGUUUGAGCCUCAGUGGCAGGAGCUUUCGCGAAAGCGCCAAAGAGAGGAGGAGGGUGAUGGCCAGGUCAACAUCGGCGAAGCCAUGAACGGAACUCUAGGCUUCACUGAACACCGCAAUAAACGUCUUCAGUCUCUCCCUCUGCGCACAUCGCCGACACAGAAGCAAUGGGCGGGAGCCCCGGAUUUUGCAGUCGCGACAUCAGCAACAACUCCUCCUGCUUCUAUCAGCCCGACCGAUUCCGACUCCGAAGAUGCGCAAUACCGACAACAGUCAAAUUUGUCGAUGGAUGUAGAUAGAGAUACGGAUAUGAUGGUCGAUUCAUCCGAAUGUUAUCAGACCGGUCCGUUCCACCCAGACUUCGUCGAUUCGAGUAUUGCCGGACGAAUGCCUACGCCUAUACAUUGCACUUUCGCUGCGCAAGUAAGGGGUAAUAAUUGGGGUCCUAUGAAUCAGACGAUGCAUACAGCAAACGGACCAGUUGAUGCUGCGGCAACAGAAGCUCAGCCAUUUCCUACGUGUCACGAUGAAUCCUCGGUACCCCGGUCGUUAGGGGGUUCUGCUGAAUGGUCCAUGGUUCAAAACCGGCGUCUCCCGUCCCCUAUUAGUGAAAGUGGCGGCGAAGAGACGCCGACGAGCCCGGGCAUGAUUUUGGACUCUCGACAGCCUCAGCGGCCUUAUUUGCCUCACAUGCCCCAUUCAACCAACCCUCAUGCUAUGCCCAUGCAUCCCAACAUUCAGUCCGUUCCUCCAAUUACGGAUAACGAUUCUAGUAUGAUGGAUUCUGAUCCUGGCUCCUCCCCUUCCUCCGCACCCGCUACGCCAUCGCCAAGAGGGAAAUACGGCCAUUCGCGCAGCAAACACACUCUUAACAACUGGACUCUGCAACCAGGCAUGAAGAAGUCAUUCAGUAUAGGUUACCGAGCAGACUGCGAAAAAUGCCGCAUGAAGAUUCCGGGCCAUUUCAACCACAUUAUCAUCUCUUAGUAUGGAAGUGAUGAGAGGCCACACAUUUGGUUUAACGGCAAGACGGGUGUUUCUGCCAGAGAAAACCAGAUAAUUGCACAAAUUCGCCGAAAUAGGAAGAGCAAAGAUACGACUAUACUGCCAGUUUUUAGCCCCUCCGAAUCGAAGCUAGAUAGGAACGAGAUUCCAUCUAUGCAGGAUUUUGAGCAGCGUUUGCGUGUCUGGGCUCGCAAAUCUUCUCGGGAAGAUUGUUGGACUCGCCCGGAUGAUGCCCGCCUCGUAGAGUUCGGCCUCGACAGACUUUAAAGAGGUCCAUAUUUCCCUACGCCUUCCACAUUACUUUUUUUUUUUUUUUUUUUUUUU